AUGCCCACCUGGAGAACCAAUGGAUGGCUAAUUCAUGGAAGACCAGUGUGGGGAGGUGCAGAAUUAUGGGAGAAGAUCUGGGUGGCUGCCCAGACCCGACUGAUCCAAAUUGGACAUGUUGAUGCCCACGUAGCUACUAACUUGGAUGAAGAGAACCACAAUGCUGUAGCAGAUGAGCUGACAAGGAUCCGAAAUGUGAAAGCUAGUGACCCUGUAGAUCCGGUGCUGUUGAAGAUGGCAACCUGGGCCCAUGAAACUGGAGGGCACAGAGGAAACAAGGCCACAUUGGAGUGGGCACGAUCAAGAGGGAUGCCAAUCACCUUGGGACUAGUCACCACUGCUCAACAA